GAUUUUAUCGUCGUGGCUUGUUUAUCCCUUAUAUUCGUAACAAAUUUUUAUACAUAACAUGAAAAUGAUAUUAAAGGCUGUUAUAUUAAUUGGAGGUCCCUCGAAAGGAACUAGAUUUAGACCUCUUUCCUUGGACAUACCAAAACCGUUGUUUCCAGUUGCUGGAUUACCAGUAAUACAACACCAUAUAGAAGCAUGUUCGAAGGUAGAAAAUCUUAAUGAAAUAUUGAUAAUUGGGUCGUACCUUUCAAGCGAUUUAACACAAUUCAUUCAAGAAAUGAUAAGAACAUAUAACAUAGUCAUCAGAUACCUUCAAGAAUUUACCCCAUUGGGAACUGCAGGAGGGAUAUAUCACUUUCGUGAUCAAAUACGAUCUAGUUGUCCAACAUACUUCUUUGUGAUGAACGGCGAUGUUUGUGCUGAUUUUCCAUUGCAAGAAAUAGUUGAAUUUCAUACAGAGAAAGAAGCAUUGCUCACAAUUAUGGCUACAGAAGCAACAAGACAGCAAUCCAUGAACUAUGGAUGCAUGGUUCUUGACAAGGAAGGAAAAGUUGCGCAUUAUGUGGAGAAACCAUCCACAUUUGUUUCGAUCUUGAUCAACUGUGGAAUUUAUCUUGCUUCUCCAGAUAUCUUUCAAACUAUGGCAGAUCUUUUUCAUGCUGGACAACAUCAAGAGAACAUUACAAGUUCCAUUUGCAGGCAGUUCAAUGGAAAUGGCAGAGAUCCAGCUCAUAUAUCUCUGGAGCAAGACAUAUUAACACGAUUGGCCGGCACUGGCCGCGUGUUCGCAUUACCCGUGUUAAGAUGGUGGUCACAAGUUAAAACUGCGGGUUCUGCGAUAUAUGCUAAUCGUCAUUACCUAGCUCUUUACAAAGCAAAUCAUUCGAAUCGUCUUGCUUCUGUAACUAACGGACCUUGCCAAAUUAUCGGUGAUGUUUAUAUUCAUCCUUCAGCUACAGUACACUCAACAGCAGUGCUGGGUCCAAAUGUGAGCAUAGGUCCAAAUGCUAUUAUCGCUCCGGGCGUUAGGAUAAGAGAGUCAAUUAUAUUAGCCAAUGCUCACAUCCAAGCACAUUCCAUCGUUUUACACAGCAUAGUAGGGAAAAGCAGCUACGUGGGAGAAUGGGCACGCAUUGAAGGAACGCCAUGUGAUCCCAAUCCAGAUAAGCCGUUUGCAAAAAUGGAAAACUUGCCUUUGUUUAACACCAAUGGGAAGCUGAAUCCCUCUAUAACAAUCCUCGGCACAAACGUACGUUUGGCGGCUGAGAAAAUUUUAUUAAAUUCCAUUGUCUUACCACACAAAGAGCUCAUAAGAAACUUCAAGAAUGAAAUUAUUCUUUAA